AUUUAUGGUGUCACACAUCGUUGGAUAUCCUUGCAUUGGACCAAAGAGAGAGCUUAGGUUUGCACUAGAAUCUUUUUGGGAUGGCAAGAGCAGUGGUGAGGAUUUGCAGAAGGUUGCCGCAGAUCUCAGAGCUUCCAUUUGGAAACAAAUGGCUGAUGCUGGGAUCAAGUUUAUUCCUAGCAACACUUUUUCAUUUUGUGAAAAAGUUCUUGAUACAACUGCAAUGCUCGGAGCUGUCCCCCCUAAGUAUGGAUGGACAGGUGGUGAGAUUGGAUUUGAUAUCUAUUUCUCUAUGGCAAGGGGAAAUUUGUCUCAGCCUGCUAUGGAGAUGACCAAGUGGUUUGAUACCAACUACCAUUUCAUUGUCCCUGAGUUGGGGCCAGAGACAAAGUUUUCCUAUGCUUCUCACAAGGCUGUGUCUGAAUACAAGGAGGCCAAAGCGCUUGGAAUUGAUACAGUCCCAGUACUUGUAGGACCUGUCUCUUAUUUAUUGCUUUCCAAGCCUGCGAAAGGAGUAGAGAAGUCCUUUUCUCUGCUUUCUCUCUUGAGGAAGGUGCUGCCAGUUUACAUGGAAGUUAUCGCUGAGUUAAAGGCGGCUGGUGCCACCUGGAUUCAAUUUGAUGAGCCCACCCUUGUCCUUGAUCUUCAAUCUCACCAAUUGCAGGCAUUCACUGAGGCCUACUCAGAACUAGAAUCAUCAUUUUCUGGUUUGAAUGUGUUGAUUGAGACCUACUUUGCUGAUGUUCCUGCUGAGGCAUUUAAGACGAUUACUGGCUUGAGUGGCAUUUCUGGUAUUGGUUUUGAUCUUGUGCGUGGAACCCAGACCCUUGACCUGAUUAAAGGUGGGUUUCCAUCUGGCAAGUUCCUUUUUGCUGGAGUUGUAGAUGGGAGGAAUAUUUGGGCCAAUGAUCUCGCUUCUUCCCUUAGCACACUUGAGGCCCUUGAGGCUAUCGUGGGCAAAGACAAGCUUGUUGUUUCGACCUCCUGCUCACUCAUGCACUCUGCUGUUGAUCUUGUAAAUGAGACCAAGCUCGACAGUGAAAUCAAAUCAUGGUUCUCUUUUGCCGCACAGAAAGUUGUUGAAGUUAAUGCACUGGCCAAGGCAUUGGCUGGUACCAAGGAUGAGGCUUUCUUCUCAUCAAAUGUUGCUGCUCAGGCUUCAAGAAAGUCAUCUCCUAGAGUUAACAAUGAGGAAGUUCAGAAAGCUGCUGCCGCUUUGAAGGGCUCUGACCAUCGUCGGGCCACUCCUGUUAGUGCCAGAUUGGAUGCCCAGCAGAAGAAUUUGAACCUUCCAAUCCUUCCUACUGCCACCAUCAGUUCAUUCCCUCAGACAAUGGAUCUCCGCAGAGUGCAACGUGAAUACAAGGCAAUCAAGAUCUCUGAAGAGGAGUAUGUGCAGGCCAUCAGUGAAGAAAUCAGCAAAGUUGUCAAGUUGCAGGAGGAGCUUGACAUUGAUGUCCUGGUCCAUGGAGAGCCUGAGAGGAAUGACAUGGUCGAGUACUUCGGGGAGCAGCUUGCGGGCAUUACAUUCACUGUUAACGGUUGGGUGCAAUUAUAUGGGUCACGUUGUGUGAAGCCACCCAUCAUCUAUGGUGAUGUUAGCCGUCCGAAGGCAAUGACUGUGUUCUGGUCCUCAAUGGCCCAGAGCAUGACCUCCCGACCAAUGAAAGCAAUGUUGACAGGUCCAGUUACCAUCCUCAACUGGUAUUUCGUCAGAAACGACCAGCCAAGAUUUGAGACCUGCUAUCAAAUUGCUCUUGCCAUCAAGAAGGAAGUUGAAGAUUUGGAAGCUGCUGGUAUUCAGGUUAUCCAAAUCGAUGAAGCAGCUCUUCGAGAAGGCUUGCCUCUUCGCAAGUCCGAGCAAUCUUUCUAUUUGGACUGGGAUAUCCACUCAUUUAGGAUCACCAACUGUGGUGUGAAAGAUACCACCCAGAUUCAUACUCAUAUGUGCUACUCAAACUUCAAUGAUAUCAUCCACCCGAUCAUUGGCAUAGAUGCUGAUGUGAUCACAAUCGAGAACUCCCGAUCCGAUGAGAAACUCUUGUCUGUGUUCCGUGAGGGUGUGAAAUAUGGUGCCGGAAUAGGUCCUGGUGUUUACGACAUCCACUCUCCCAGGAUUCCAUCGACCGAGGAAAUUGCAGACCGUAUCAACAAAAUGUUAGCUGUCCUCGAGUCGAACAUUCUCUGGGUCAACCCUGACUGUGGUCUGAAGACCAGGAAGUACACCGAGGUCAAGCCUGCCCUUGCCAACAUGGUUGCUGCUGCAAAACUCCUCCGCAAGGAACUUGCCAGUGCUUAGACUUUCGAUGAAGCACCAUCGGCGUAAUUCUUAUAAUUUUGAAGUGCCUUUCCAAUAAUAUCUUUUUGUGUGCUAAUCAAAGCUUAAGUUUAGGAACAUACAAGUAUUGCUCUGUUUGAUCAAGUCAUUGUUUCCCUUUUACUUAUCUUACCUCGU